AAAAGUUUUCAAAAACAGAAACAAAUAUCUAAAAUACAUCCAGACUAAAAAACAAACACAACUCUUAACUCAACAAAUAAAAUGUGGAAUUUUCAAAGAAUAAUUUGUAUAUGGAUUUGCUGUGUGUCCUGCAUGUUCGGAACAACACAAUUGUCAUCACUGGUACAAGCAGUGCCGUAUGAGUAUUUUGAUGAUCAUGAACAAAGUUUCUAUGAUUUGGAUACAGAACAAAUCCAAGCCAAAUACGAUACACGUUUGUUAUCGCAACAGAUGUUGCAAACGGAGCAGCAGCAGCAACAACAUUUAGAAAAUCUAAAGGGUUUUCUCAACACAGCAGAGGGUUUAAAUAUUGGUGGAGGUGGGAGUGGCAGUGGCACUGGUAAUACAAAUAAGUUAGAAACUGGAAAACAAACUGAUGCUGGUCUGUCGUACCUUGCGACAACAACAACGAAAUUGAAAAGUAAUGAUGGCCAUACGUUGGUGGAUGGUGACGAUAAUGAUGAUGAGGAUGAACGCAAUGAUUGGCUAGAGGAAACGGCAACAAAAGCUGCUGCUGCAUCAACAUCAGCAAUUACUGAAACAUUAGAUGAAUUACAUUUGCCACGUGCUGCAUCAUGUUUUACAAAUGGCCAAAAGUAUACACACGGUCAAAAGGUACCACGUCUGGAUAGCUGUGAGGUUUGUUUGUGCAUGGAUGGUGAAAUAUUUUGCUGGUGGGAAAAAUGUGAUAAAAAAUCCGCAAAAGCUUCAACAACAUAUGAUGACUAUUCAACGCCCUUUGAAGAAUCAUCCACAACACGCAUGCAAUUAAAUCCGAAAACCACAUAUAAAACGACUUUAAAGCCAAUGAAAAAACCAAAAACCAAUGAGGACUACAAAUAUGAUGAUGAUGAUUCGGCUGAAAUACGAGAAAUGCAACAGGAAUAUGAAGGCCUGAAGGAGGAACUGAUGCGGAAAGAGCACGUACAGGAGCAACAUAAAAUACAUCAUAAUAAACAAAUGGUGAAGAAGAAAAUCUAUCAGCAACAAGAGGAGGAAAAACAUAAUAAGAAAAUUAAGGAACAGAAUAAACGGAAGCAGGAAGAACAACAGCAGCGGCACAAGCAACAGCAGCAACAUAAAACGAACGAACAUUUCGAACAACAUCAUCAUGCACACAAUCACAACAACAACAUGAACAAUAAUCACGAUUACGGCUCUAGUGGCUCCAGCAGUAAAAUACUUAAUUUUCCAGAAAAUCUACCUUCGGUUUUAUACUACGAUUAUAAAACGGAAGAACAUCAUCAACAUCAGCACCAACAUCAUGAACAACAUUUAAAACAUCAAAAGCAAAAACAAGAGCAGAAACUACUUUUACAGCAACAUGAAAAAGAGCUUAAGCAUCGACAACAACAGCAAAAGCAACAACAGCAGCAUCAUGUUAAUCGCCAUCACGAAUAUGGUCAAGACUUCAACACGUACAGCAGCACAGCAGAUAAAACAAUAGCAUCGGGAGAGGUGGAGGCAGGAAGAGGCGGCAGUAGAGCUGGAGAUAAAGCAAAACUUCAUCACGGCGGACCAUCAACAACAUUUAAGUAUUUUAGCAACGGAAAUGAAAACAUUUACAAUGGCGAUUUACAAACAGACAGUGACAUUUUACCAGAGCCACCAACAAAAAAGCCCAAAUUUUCAACAUCAAUUACAGACAUAACAGCAACAACAGUAAAAACAACAGGAAUUCCAAUAUCACGACUUCAGCGUUUGUCCACUUCAAUGAUGCCAACAACAGUUGGAGCAAUAACAAAAUCAACAGCAACAACAACAAAAACACUGACAAAUACAUCUCCAACAGCAUCAAUCCCUUUAAAGAAACAAAUUUUUUCACCUUGGGACUAUAAUAAACCAAGUAGAGAUAAAGUAAACAACAAUGGCAGCGGCAACAUAAAUAACAACAACAACAGCAACAAAAACAAUAAUAAUAAUGAAAGUACUGAAGACAUAAUAGAUACAGAUGAUCAAGAUGAUGCCUUCCAUCGUUGGCUGACAUCCACAGAGACAAAUAAUAAAAAUAAUUUCACUCUAAAUGAUGCAAUCAGCGGAAGAGAUGAUGAUGAUGGUGCUGCUGCUGCUGGUGGUGGUGGAGGAAGCAAUGGUUUAGACGCCAGCAAUAGUGAUUACAAUGUGGAAGAUAGAAAUUAUGAAAAUAUUGAGUUGGAAACAGAAACAGGACAUUCAACGGCAAUAGCUAAAACAAAGGCAACAACAAGACCCUUAACAACAAUGGGAACGGCGUCAACGGGAAUAAAUGCAUUUGACAUGGCCGGAGGAGGAGUAGCAAUUUAUGAUGAUAAUGGCUAUAUAUUCGAAAAUAGUCGAAAACCAAAAUAUGAACAAAAUUUUAGUGAUAAUAAUAGCUACAACGAUAACAACAACCUCAAUAUAGGCAACAGUAAUGGAAUUAUUAAUAGCAAUGGCAACAACAAUAAUAAUUCACCAUUCAACGCUAAUCCUUAUCAAAACUAUAAUAGAAAUAAUAAUGAGGAUAACAACAUGGACAGGCCAACCAGCAGCAGCAGCAGCAGCAAUGGCCUCAGUUCGACUACUAGCAAUGAGGAUAAUGGUGUUGCUAAUGUUGUAAAUAUUGAUAUAAUGUUAACAGCAUCAUCUGCUGAGUCGCUACAGCAGCAACAGCAACAACCACAGCAAACGAAUAUUGAAACCACCAACCAACAUCGGCAGCUGCCGGAUUUUGAACACGAUAAACAAAUUGCUAAAACACAACAAAAAUUCAUACAACCACCAGUUUUAAUUUCUACAAAUGAUGCUGAUAAUAACAAUCCUUUGUACUCAAUAAUAAAUGACAAUACCAACAACAGCAGCAAUAGCAACAGCAACAACAACAAUAAAACUAUAAUAACCAACAACUUUGUUGAUGGUCUCAAUACAGAAGAGCGAAAACAACAGAAAAAUAUGGGUGUCAACUUGUCAAGUAGCAGCAACAACAACAGCGAUAGUGCCACCACCCAUAGUUUGUCAAGUAGUAGCGAUAGUUUUAGUUUUAGCCAUAUAUCGGCGGUGGUGUCACAAACAAAUGCAACAUCAGCAGGAGCAGGAGCAGCACCACCAACAACACUACCAGCUAUAACACCGCCCUCACUCAGCACAACAUUGAGUCCGGAACGACAGUGCAAUGUAAUGGGUAAGCAAAAAGUUCAAGUAUUUAAAAAAACAACAAAUAAAUUUAAUUUGGUUUCGUAG